AUGUCACAGCAUCAGUCUAUUAGGACUGCAGCUUUACAGAGAAAACUCAUGGAAAAUGUAGAGUGGAGCAAUCAAACGUUCAUCACAGAAUUCAUCCUAUUGGGAUUCGGGAAUCUCCCAGAACUGCAGACCCCUCUCUCACUGCUGUUCCUAGUGAUCUAUAUUGUAACCAUGGCUGGGAACAUCCUCACUCUUGCGCUAGUUGUGACUGAUCAGCACCUUCACACACCCAUGUACUUCUUCCUGGGAAACUUGUCCUGCUUGGAGACCUGUUAUGCCUCCACCAUCCUGCCCAGGAUGCUGGCCAGUCUUCUGACUGGGAACAGGACCAUUUCAUAUAGCGGCUGCAUCACACAACUGUACUUCUUUGUAUUCAUGGUGACUGCCGAAUGUUUCCUCCUAUUAGUCAUGUCUUAUGACCGCUACUUAGCAAUAUGCAAUCCCUUGCAUUAUGCAGCACUUAUGAGAAGUUGGGUUCGCAUACAGCUAGUGUUAACAUUCUGUGGCCCCAACAAAAUUGACCAUUUCUUUUGUGAUUUUGCCCCAAUGCUCAAACUCUCCUGCAGUGACACCAGCCUGAUUGAACUGGUAGAUCUAUUACUGUGUUUUGCAAUUAUACUUCCUACAUUCCUGUUAACCCUGAUAUCCUAUGUUUGUAUCAUCACCACCAUCCUGAGAAUCCCCUCCACCACCGGGAGGCAAAAGGCCUUUUCUACCUGCUCCUCCCACCUCAUCGUAGUUGCUACUUUCUAUGGAUCACUCAUCAUUAUUUACAUGAUACCAACUGCUGGCACUGCAGGAGACCUACACAAAGUGUUCUCUGUCUUCUAUACUGUCCUGACACCCUUGGUCAAUCCUCUCAUCUACAGCCUGAGAAACAAGGAGGUCAAAGAGGCAUUGAAGAAAGCUGGAGGCAAACUGGCUGCUUUCAUAAGGAGGUGA